AGUAUAUUUGUAUGUGCUUAAACAUAGGUUAUAUUGCGUCUUUGAGAACUGUUUUGCGCGGCGUUGUCUCGGAGAUCCGGAGACAGGAUUGAAAACGCGAAAUUCCAAGCGAAAUGGACGAAACGGAGAUAGACGGACCAGCUUCGAGGUCGGGCGCAGGCUCGAGCCCCUUCGUGUUUUCCAUGCCGAGCGCCGUGUUUGAUCUUCCAAGAACCAUUAAUUUCGGCGUGGGAUCGGAUCAUGUCUUCAACAAGAAGAACGCGUUUACUUUCGCCGCACCCACAAUUGUGUCGCGGUCCACGAACGCGGUUCCGAGUCACGCGGUCUCAAGUGCCAACGACAAAACCGACAGGUACAAGCCGAGAAUCUCCAGGAACACGUACAAGCCUACGGUCAACGUGUUCGCCAACGCCCUCAAGGAUACCGGGGCGUUCGAGCAGAUGAAAAAGAACUCCAGGUCGCGCGCCGUCAAGGUAAACAUUGACAAUUCGAUAACGUGUUCGGACGUGCCCCAGGCGCUGCUGACUAAAACAGCGGCAAAGGAGUACUUUCGGAGAUACGGGAGCAUCGUGAAGAUAACCAUUCGUCCGCGGAAGCGCGUGAUCGUGGUGGUUUACACGACGAGGAUAGAGGCGAGCGCCGCGUACUACGGCAGUGGCGAUUACAAGAGCGAGAAGUUUAAGGUGGAGUGGACAAAGCUGGAAUCGGCUGCCGCAAAGGCGACGCAGCAGCAGACCCGGAAGAAGGAUCCGCGAAACAUGGUGGCGAAUUUGCUCAAGGCGUCGGGCAACGACGACGACGACGAUGAAAUUAAGGCGGAGUUGGAGGCUAUGGCGAACGUGGAAUACAACUUGCAUCCUGCAAAAGGGAGCGCGAACGAGAUAUCCGACAUAGGCGCACCUGUUGCACAAUUGUUGCCAUUAAAGGCCAAAGUGGGUGGCAAGGCGCCAACGUUGUCACACGAGAAGACUACAGCGAAGUCGGAGAAGGCAGCCGUGAAGGACGUCGAUAGUCAGAUAGCAAAACACUUGCCCCAUACAAGUAUGGAGGAGCUGCAGACGAUGAUACGUCAGGCCGCUCUCACGGCCGAGGACAAGUACAAGGUGUUGGAGGCGAGGGACCGAUUGAUGCGUCUGAAGCGAGUCAAGCCGGCCUCGUUAGCGACGGCGAAGGUGACCCAUGGCACCUGUCCGGAUAUGUGCCCAGAGAAGGAACGACUGAUGCGCGAGUCGCAACGUCAGGUCGCGUCGUACGAGCAGCUUGAGGGGAACGAGUACAGGAUCAAUCACGCGACCGCCGUGAAGCAGUAUUCGAGAUCGUCCGCGGAUCAGGAGGAGCCAAUGCCGCACGAGCUCAGGCCGGUGCGAUCCUUAAAAAUGACCAUGAGUUACCUGCUCCACGAGCUGGUCGAUCUCUGUGAGCAGGAAGGCACAAAUUUGGCUGAGUGGUACCACUUCCUCUGGGACAGGACGCGGGGCAUCAGGAAGGAUAUCACGCAGCAGGAGCUCUGCUGCAUGGAGAGCGUCGAGCUGCUCGAGCAGUGCGCCCGAUUUCACAUAGUAUGCUCGGAAAGGCUCUGCGCAGAGGACACGUCUGUCUUCGACAAGAAGAUCAACUCGGAGAAUCUGACCAAGUGCCUGCAGACCCUGAAGUACAUGUAUCACGAUCUGCGGGUGAAGGGCGUCACCUGCGAAAACGAGCCCGAGUUCCGGGCAUACAUCGUCCUGCUGAACCUGAACAACGGUAACUUCCUGUACGACCUGCAGCAGCUGCCCAAGUUCGUGCAAAACUCGCCGGAGGUCAAGUUUGCGAUCAAAGUGUACUUCUCGCUGGACUCGAACAACUACUACAAGUUCUUCAAGCUCGUCCAAGAGACGACCUAUCUGAACGCCUGCAUUUUAUUACGGUACUUCAAUCAGGUCAGACUGCGGGCGCUUUCGAUAAUGAUAAAGGCAUACUGUAGAAGCACCUCGACCGCCUUCCCGUUGUACGAAUUGAUAGACAUUCUCGGCUUCGAGGACGAGAACGAGGCGAUAUGCUUCUGCGAGCAGGCGGGACUGAAUAUGUCUAGUGACGAGAUGUACAUUCUUCUGAACCGCCAGACCUUCAACAUGUCCGUGUCGACUAUCCCGCAGACCAGGUCUUGCAAUUUGGUCGAAUCCAAGAGGAUUGCCUUGAACUUUAGUAUUGGCCAGUGUAUCGCUGGUAAACAAAUGCCGGAGAAAACCUAUAAGAGUCACAAGCCGCACAGCAGUUUCGACGCGUAUGGUUACCUGACGCCGGAGUCCAUCAAUGCCGCGGACCAACAGCAGAUUGACAGCGUCUCCUCCUCUGUGGCGGCACAACUACCGCAUGAUCCGUAUGAAUUCGUGGAGACAAAAGAGACGAGGAGAAUGCCGAAGCUGACAUCGAUCCGGGACAAGGAUCAGAGAACCGCAAGAGAUCUUCGUUCAGCGCAGAUUCCACGAAAACAGCCAGCAAACGCGAGCCACAACGAAAAUGCGGACGCGUUUAAACCGCCCGUCUCAGUUCCCGAUCCUUUGGUCACCUCUUCGAGCGUCUUUAAAACGCCGGAUCGAGCGUUCGUCGAGCACAAGCCGAAGGAACCGAAUGUAUUCGAGAGCAAAAUUUCAGCUGGCGAGUCGACGAAGGUAGCUUCCUCAGAGAAAUCCGAUCAGAACAGAAGUGCAAUUAGCGCCCAUCGCGGAAAUUUCACGGCUAACGAUAAGCAGCAUCCGGUGAUGUUUGGUAGUAGCAGUAACAAUUCAAAAGCAGCUUCCGUGUUCUCGAAACCAGAAACAUCACGUAGCACAGAAUCAGUCCCGCCGUUUGCGAUGGCCAUGAACAAAAGCAUCUUCUCCGGGACGGAGCCGGGAAAUAUAUUCACGAGGAGCGCACCCUCUUCCUCCACAGUGUUUGUUAACAAACAUUUUCCCCUAUUAGUUCCUCCACAGCAAUUGGUGACAUUCGCGGAUGACGCGAAUAAAACGACGAAGGAGCAAAGUGUCUUUCUCAAGAGGGAACAGGAGGAAGCGAUGAAGGCGGAAGCUGAGAAAGCAAGACGGGAAAAGCUGGAAAGGCUGGAACGGGCGAAGAGAAUGCAACGGAUCGAGGAGCAGUCGGAGGAGAUUUACAGUAGCCUGCACGCGGAGAUCACCCACGAGUUCUGCUCCGCCAUCGCGAAAAAAGAGAUCGACCGGAUAGAGAUGUACAACGCGUUGAGCGGAAGAAUCCUCUCGGACGUGAUCGAGGAGGUGACUUGCGAGGUCUGCGACGCGAUGUUGACCGAGGAGAUCGACCGGCAACGAAGAUUACAAGCAAUGUUGCUGCGAAUCAAGAACCGAGUGAUCCUCAAGUGCGUGAACGUCUGGAAACGGCACGUGUCGAGGCAAAAGCGGCAGAGGGCGGCGCUAGAGGACACGCCGGUUUGGCUGCAGAGGCACUCCGUGGAGGAAACCGCGCGGAUGCUGUACACCAAAGAGCAGGAGGUGGUGAUACGGAAUAUGCGCAAGCGACGAAGAGAGCCGGAGGACGUCGCGACCAACGCGACGGAGACCUUCACGUCAAUCGAAGUUAUCGUGUACGCCGGCAUCAAGGAGAAUGUACGAUCAUUGGACCUUGAUUCUCCGCCCAAAUUGUACUGGAAACUCGUCAUAUCCUGGCCGGACCUGAUCAACAGGGUGGCUCUUUGGGCCUGCAAAAAGCUGAUGAACGAGUACUUGUACCCCGACAAUUUUACGAUGGAUCCUAUCGUGAAGAUUUACCGGCCGAAUCCCUGCGAGACCGUGCACGUCUGCAUAAGGCACUUUGAGGGUCUAAUCAGCGAGCACAACUUGACCGGCACCGACGCACUUCUGUUUAUUGCCGACGCCUCGGAGAAUUACAAAUCCAUUGCGAGACGUUUAAUGAGAACCGUAUUAUCGCGGCACAAGUUGAUGCCUAUCCCGCUCGCCUUCAUCGUCCUGGGUAAUGGAGACUUGGAGAGUCAAAACGAUAGUAUCGUCUCGGACUUGGAAUCCCUCCUGGAAUCUGGCUACGUAUCAGAAUAUACGAUCAUGUACGAGGAGAAUUUGUCCGCGAAAGUUAUUUUAAAUUUGACCCAAAGCGCAGUUUUAUGGUUGACGACGAACAAAUCACCGCCGAAUCCACUAGAAAUGGAUCAUCUCUCUAACGUAUACGACACCUGUUUGUCCGAGGAAAUGUGGUUGAGGAUACUAGGUGAUUCAAUGUUCAAUAAAAAAUUAUCAAACGCAUUAAAGGACCCCAACUUUGUAAUUGAUUUGCACAACGAGGCUGUAAAUCACCUUAUAGACAUAAUCUUAGAUCCAGAAUCCCUACUAUACACAAAUUUCGCGCCUGAAUUAAAAAAGUUCCUUAAAAGCAGUGGUACUAUGCCAUGCAGUUACGAAUAUUUUGACGAAUCAUGGAAACGAGAGGAAUACAGAGCAAAAUUAGAGGCCGCAAUGAACAGCUUCAUGUUACCACCAUGGAAUGCACCAUGGCCAAUAACAGACAUACAAGAUUUACGACGACACAUUAUGCAUUAUUGCAGAGAGGUGCUAUCUGAUUCGAACUGUAAUAUCGUAUUUUGCGAUAUAUUCAGCAAUCUGUUUCUUACCUCAGGCAGUUUACAAAUAUCCAACUUUGUACACAUACUACUGUAUGUUAUUAAGGAGAAAGUUCAUCUUCUCGAUGAAGAUCUAAUGAUCAUUUACAAUAAAAAUCACAUCAAGCAUUUCCGGACGUUACCAUGGUGGUUUAAAUCCAACGUACUGACAGAAUUCAUGCUGCAUGAAUUAAAUGACGACGUCGUGUUAAACGAAUCGAUGAGAAAACGGAAGAAAUUAGAUAAAUCGGAAAACAAUAUGGAUGACAGCGUGUUAGAUGAGAAAUUUGGUUUAUUGGCGGAGUUUUGUGAGAGUACCAAGGCUCGUGUUAUGGAAGUGCAUUCUGUAUCUAUAGAGAUAGAAAACCGGUUGCAGGCGCAGCAAUUGGAGAAUGUAUUAUGGGAAGACAAAUUGAAGAACGCUUUACAAGGCGAAAUAAGUUUGACAGAAGAAGGCAUAUAAGUUUUUCCCGUUUGAUCAUGUGACAUAUUUUUAGUACCUUUUGUAUUACAUUUUAUAUUAUUAUACACGUUAUGUACAACAUGCAUUACAUUUAUAUAUUUAUUAAAUUUGGAAAAUGCGUUCUGAUCCGCUGUGCUGUUUAAAUAUAUUUGUAUUAAUGUAAAAUACACUAAAUAACUUAUACACAGUCAGCGACGUUGGCUCAGAUAGAUAUUUUUCAAAUUUAAUUAUUUUUAGAGUCUUACCUCAUGUAUAUAUUAUUUGAUUUAUAGGCCUGUUCUUUUUAGCUGCACUGAUGCACUGAUGAUGCAACAAGUUAAAGACAAAUAUAUUUUUUCUCAUUCUAAUUUGUUGCAUCAGUGCAGCAGUAUAACGAAAAAGAACGAGCCAUAUAUUAUAUAUUGACAUGCAACGAUUUAUCUUAAAAUAAUGUGUUCAGUUAAAUUAUCUCAACAUAUGUAACAUUGGAAAUGUUUGGUAAUAACUAAAGGGAAUAUUAAAUCGCUGCUAUGAUCUUAAA